AUGCAAAGACCAAACAUUUCACAGGAUUUAGAGUCUCACAUUUCCAGCAGCACAUCAACAGCUUCAUUUUCCAACUUACCUUACGUUAAUUCAGAGAAACAUCUAAUCAAGUCAAAUGUCAAUGGCAAGUCAAGAUGUAAUUUACCUACAAUUCUCUUACUAUUAUUCAUCCUCACAAGUUUGGUGAUGAUUUUUUAUUUGACGUCCAAGCGAGGAGUAAGAGGAGAAGCCAGAGUAUUCCCUGUCACUUAUCUAGAUGUCGAUUUCACAAAUUCUGAAAAUUUAAAACUCAACCGAGUGAGAGGUCUUUGUAAAAUAUUCUUAUCAACCUAUUAUUUGUUUAAUUAUAAUGAAAAAUCACCUAAUUAUGUUCCACCAACAGUUAUUGGUGCUGACGGUGCUCCUGAAGCAAAAUAUACUCAUUGGAAGAAGAUUGAGAGGACUUUUCAAUUUUUAUCGGGUGGAGAGUCUAACUAUAUUGAUGAUCAUGAUAUUAUUGUUUUCAGUGAUGCAACAGAUGUUUUAUUCAUCAAUAAUAUUGAAAAUGUCAAGAAAGUAUACGAAACUUACUAUAUCAAGGAAAUUGCUAAUAUUGAUUUGAAAGAUAGUGAGAGAGAUUGGCCUAUUGUGUUUAUUGCUGAAAAGAAUAAGUGGCCACCAAAUGAUUUCAUUCAAAAUAUGUUUACAGAAGAUUGUCAUAAUUAUGUGGGGGUGGGUGGGUCGUGA